UGUUGGAGUGUCAGUGUAGUAUGUGUGUGUUGGAGUGUCAGUGUAGUAUGUGUGAGUGUGUGGGGAGAGUCAAGUGAGUGUGCAUAGAGCCAGUGCAAGAGAGUUGGUGCCAAAUGUUGUAUGUAUGUGUCAGUGGGGCUGCUGAGGGGAGGAGGGCUCAUAAUAAAGGCUGUAAUGGAGUCAGUGGAAUGGUAUUAAAGAUGUGGUUUCCAUGUUGAUACCACUCCGUUGACUCCAUUCCAGCCAUUAUUAUGAGCCGUCCUCCCCUCAGCAGCCUCCACUGUUAGGUAGGUGUUAUUAUGUUUUACUGAUGAAUCACUCUGGGCUGUGUGUUAAUCAGUAAUGUGUGUAUUGUUGUGGCACUAUUGCCUUCUCUCUCUAUCUCCAUCUUUCUCGUUUGCUCUGUUCUCUUUCUCUUUCUUUCUUUCUCUCUCUGGUUAGAAAGCAUCACAUAUGUUCUUCAUCUUUCUGUUUUUCUUUUCUUUCAGGCAUUUUGUCCGCUUGUCUCCUUUUUCUGCCUGUCUUGACAUUCUUGAUCUCAAUAUUCAGCAUCUUGAGAUUCUGUCUCUGAGUCUCGCCCCCGAGUCUCGCCCCCCUCUCCUCUCCCCUCCUCCACAACUCCAGCCCAAAAUAGAAACAGGGCGUCUUCCUUCCUUCUCACGCCUCGUGAGUCAAUCAAAGUGACUCCGCUCAUAUGUCACGGGUCAUAUUCUCAAGGCAGAUUUAUUCAUAUUCAUGUAUGGGAUCUGCGGCAAAGAUUAGGGAGAAGGAGGCUUUGUGACUAAUGAUGAUAGGCUUAUGAUGAUGAGCCAGGUCCAGGGCCAUGUACAUUCAUGUAGGGAGGCACUUAUGCUGAGUGGCCGUCUUAAUCAUGCUGAGUGCUGCUGCUCAAGUCUACCGGGAUUAAGAUGCUUCAGUGGGCAGCGAGAGGAGCCAGGGGAGGGAUAGGGGGGGCAAGAACGACAACUUUGGCCUUUUCUUCCCAGGUCUCAGGUGAGACUUGGGGGUCAUAUAUCUCUCUUUGGGCGUGCCUUUGAAAAGGAAGGGAGAAGGAGAGAAAGCGAGAUCCAGAGAUAGUGGGAGUGAGGUAGAGAGAGAGCGAGAGACGGGGGGAGAGGGAGUGUGAGAGAGAUGUCAGUGAUGGCGGGACAACGGCUGCUCUUAUGUUUGCUACAUUCCUCUCUUCCCUCUGUAACAAGCAUAUGAGCAGAGGAAAAUUGGCUUCAGCUCUCCUCGGGGCUGCCGAUAUGCGUUCUGUACACACAAGGCAUCGGCAAUAAGGAGUGGAGAGAGUUUGGAAGGACAGAGGUGAUUGAAAACACUCUCAACCCGGAGUUUGUUCGUAAAUUCAUCUUGGAUUAUUUCUUUGAGGAACGACAGAAUCUGAGAUUUGACCUGUACGAUGUCGACUCAAAGAGCUCCAACCUGUCAAAACAUGACUUCCUUGGCCAGGCGUUCUGUACGUUGGGAGAGGUGGUGGGAUCGCUGGGCAGCCGUAUGGAGAAACCUAUGGCGGGCAUUCCCGGAAAGAAGUGUGGAAACAUCAUUGUUAAGGCAGAAGAGAUGGGAAACUGCAGGGAGUCAGUGAUGAUGCAGUUCUGUGGGAAUAAACUGGACAAGAAAGAUUUCUUCGGCAAGUCAGACCCAUUCCUCGUCUUCUAUCGCAGCAAUGAAGACGGCACGUUCACAAUCUGCCAUAAGACAGAGGUGGUGAAGAACACACUAAACCCAGUGUGGCAGGCCUUCAAGAUACCUGUCAGAGCACUCUGCAAUGGAGACUACGACAGAACGAUCAAGAUAGAAUGCUACGACUGGGAAAGAGAUGGAAGAAGCCAUGACUUCAUAGGAGAGUUCACUACCAGCUAUAGAGAGCUAUCCAGAGGCCAGUCCCAGUUCAAUGUGUAUGAGGUUAUAAAUCAGAAGAAGAAAGGAAAAAAGAAAAAAUACCUCAACUCUGGAACGGUAACUCUGCUCUCAUUCCUGGUGGAUAUAGAAGUCACCUUCCUCGACUACAUCAAGGGAGGAGUGGGCCAAGGAGGGACCCAGAUUAAUUUCACAGUGGCAAUUGAUUUCACCGCUUCAAACGGCAACCCAGCCCAGCCCACCUCCCUCCACUACAUGAGUCCCUACCAGAUGAAUGCCUACGCCAUGGCCCUGAAGGCUGUAGGGGAGAUCAUCCAGGACUACGACAGUGAUAAGAUGUUCCCUGCUUUGGGCUUCGGAGCCAAGCUGCCUCCCGACGGACGGGUCUCACAUGAGUUCGCCCUGAAUGGCAACCCCCAAAACCCAUACUGUGCAGGUAUAGAUGGAGUGAUGGAGGCAUAUUACCAGAGCCUGAAGUCUGUCUGCCUCUACGGCCCAACCAACUUUUCUCCUGUCAUCAACCAUGUGGCCAGGUAUGCUGCGUCAGUGAAUGAUGGCUCUCAGUACUUCGUCCUUCUCAUCAUCACAGAUGGAGUCAUCUCAGACAUGGCCCAGACCAAGGAGUCCAUCGUCAACGCAUCGUGUCUUCCCAUGUCGAUUAUCAUCGUAGGGGUGGGACCAGCAGAAUUUGAUGCGAUGAUCGAGUUGGACGGGGAUGAAGUGAGGAUCUCGUCGAGAGGAAGAUAUGCGGAGAGGGACAUUGUUCAGUUUGUCCCGUUCAGAGACUACAUUGACCGGACAGGGAACCACAUCCUGAGUAUGGCCCGUCUAGCCAAGGAUGUCCUGGCUGAGAUCCCUGACCAGUUCCUCUCCUACAUGAGGACCAGAGGCAUCAAGCCCUUGCCCACACCCCCUCCCUACACACCCCCAGGGUACCCUGUCCAGAGCCCCAAUGGACACCCAUUAAAUACCCCCCCAGGACACCCCCUGCAGACGCAGAUCUGAAGGGUGCGGAGAUGCCCCAUGGUCUCAAACAACACCUCUUCAAAUAUUUCUUUGUCUCUCUCCUCUCUGCAUCACUCAGUGAUAGGAGAGGCCUUCUUGGCUUUCUCACUCUCUCUCUCAUUGCACUAAUGGAGACUGACUGACUGGCAGAAUGUUUUUACUUAGCGGUUCUACUUUGGAACGGGCAGAUGGAGUCAAUAAGGGCAUGUUUACUUUCAUUGUCAAGCGUUCCUCUGUCUGGACUUUCUGUAUAUCGGUAAAUGGAGACACUCUCUGGGACACAGAUAGACAGAGUCUGGUCUUCCCAGCUCACCUGGCAUGGAAUAGCAGAGUUAAGGAAAGGAUGAAUGGUGGAAGGAAGAAUGAAAGGAGGAUAGGAAGGAAUUUCCUGGGGACUGGCCUUUUCAGGAGCAGAGUGGCGAAAAGGUUCUAUUGUCUCUGGAUGUGGAAUCACUUGACUGUUGUACUGGAAAUGUAUUUCCUUCUCUCUCCCACUAUCUCUGGUCUCUUUCUAUCUCUCUCCCUCUAUCUCUGGUCUCUUUCUAUCUCUCUCCCUCUAUCUCUGAUCUCUUUCUAUCUCUCUCCCUCUAUCUCUGGUCUCUUUCUAUCUCUCUCCCUCUAUCUCUGAUCUCUUUCUAUCUCUCUCCCUCUAUCUCUGGUAUCUUUCUAUCUCUCUCUACUCUGUCUCUCUAUUCUUCCAACUCUCACUCAAUGUUUACAGUACAUGUUAAUGAUAAUGAUUUUUUAUCAUUGGACACUUUUAUAUAAUAUUCGUACUUCUUUCAGUAUGAAACUUUGGAAUAUCAAUCGAUAUUCUCUCUAUCUCGCAGCGUGUUGUCUUUGCCACGGGAGUCAGGUUGAGGUUGCAACAGUGCAGGUCCAAGUAGCCACUGUAUUGUACUGUACUAUACUAUGUGUCCGUUUGCAUGAGUGUAUCGUCAGAGCAUGCAUUGUGGUCCUACACUUCCCUGCCUGUCACUGCUCUCAGGCUUUGGGGUUCCAUGUUUUUAACUUUUAACUCUGUUGUUGAAGCGCAUUCUGCUCCUUUUUAAACUGCCUUGGCGGUAGGGUGCCCAUGCCAGCCACGCUGCGAGUGCCCACGGGUUUUCUCACUAUGUCGAGAACAACAGUGACUCAACCAACAGCAUAUUCCCUUCCAAUCCAUUUAAAUAACAACACCUGCUCUCAGAUCCAGUUUGAGACAACAGCAGAAGCCCAGUGGUCAAAAACAGUAACACAAAUGCUUUCCUUCUCUUUGGUUCUUGUUCUUUUGUGUUAUUAUUACAUUUACAUUUGAGUCAUUUAUCAGACGCUCUUAUCCAGAGCGACUUACAGGAGCAAUUAGGGUUAAGUGCCUUGCUCAAGGGCACGUCGACAGAUUUUUCACCGAGUCGGCUCAGAGAUUCGAACCAGCGACCUUUCGGUUACUGACCCAAUGCUCUUAACCGCUUGUUUGCCUUGGAAGCUGAUAUUCUUAAGUAUAUUGUUUUAAGUUGCCUUGUUAAGGUAAUUUUAUUGUUUUGAGUUGUGCCAAUAAAUAUGUAAUAUUAUUUAAUUGUUAUAAUGUUAAGCCCUGAAUGUGUUGGCCCUAGAUGAUGGUGUCUGGUGGUUGUCAUGACAAUGUGUUCUUCCUAAAUAUUGUAAAUCUCAUCCCAUAAUACCAAUUAACAAAUACCCACUGAGGGCCAGGAGUUUUUCCUCACAGAGGAAAAACUCCUGGCCCAUAACCAUUAUACACAGUCAACCCUCUCUUACUUCUUACAGCCAGGGUAUCCUCUUCAAUCUGCUGUCUUAAUGGGCUUAGAGUUUAUAUCAUCUGCCUUUUAAUUAUUAAUAAUACUAAUAAUUAUUAUCAUAAUAUAACUAUUAGCUAGUGCGUGUAUGGAGGUGGUGUGUAAUUGAUAACUUGAUUGGUUGCAUAGCAAUCAAUAUUCCUUAUCAAAUUAACAGACAUUGCAACACCACAUUUAUGUGUUUCGCAGUUGUUGCCAUUUGUUGCCAUUUUCAUGGGUGUGCCGCUGUCGGUCUGUUACCUGUCUGUCUGUUGCCAUAUCAUUACUGAUAGACCGAUGCCCUUUGCCACACUUCAACCACAUAGCAACACCUCUGUUUCUCUCUCUGUGUAAUUCCUCCUCCUGCCUCACUGCAGCUCUGUGGACGCUGCCUCACAGAGUGCAAUAGACUGUAUCAAUGCUUAAAUAGGAUCGACUCCAAGCCAAUAAUAUUUGGCAUGGCAGGAGGAGAGAGGGAUGAGAGAGGGGUGAGAGAGGGGGAUACAGCCCAGUGGGUUAUGUCAUUGGAGGGUCGUUCCAUGUCACUUCAUCAUUCUAUGUCCAUGUUAAAGGAAUAGUUCACCCAAAUUACAAAAUUACAUAUUGGUUUCCGUACCCUGUAGGCAGUCUAUGGACAAAGUACGACAGCAUCCCAUUCUUUGGUUUUGUUCACCUGGCCACUGUUUUGAAUUCUAACUUUUUAGCAUUUGUCGCACAAAUCCAAUGCAAGUCAAUAGUACCUAUAUUAGCAUUUUCGUGCUUCAUAUCCAAAUCAUCUUUGAUAACGUAAUUGAUUUGAACACGAUGUGUGAAAAUGCCAAUAUAUAUCCUCUUUCUUGUGUGUUUUGAGGUGGAACGACCCUGGACAGAAGUAGACAAACAGGUCAACCCUCUGAUGUAGUCAGAAGAGUACGGGCAUUAGUGCUACAUGCCUGAGUCAACACAGUGCCAAACCUAUACAGAGAGAUGUUGGCUAGCCUAGAAAGAGAAUAACCUCACUCGGUAUAUUCAACAUGACAGUCUGUCAUUUUAACCCAUACAUUUUACACAUAUACACAUUUACACAUAUACACAUUUUACACAUAUAUUUGAUAAGAAACCUCUGCCUUGUUUUAAAAAAUACAUACAGUAGACACACACUACAUUUUUCUUUUCUCACGACUUUCACUAAUGUCUUCUUUUGUCGUGUUUUUCUCACAAAUUUUAAAGCCUUCCAUAAUUGGCCCUCUGCAUCUGUAGUUGUAGCCUAGCCUUGAGUCUGUGUAUCACAUGAAACCCUAGUGAAAUCCAUAUAGUGCACCACGUGGCUCUUGUCAAAAUAAAUGCAUUAUGUGGGGAACAGCUAGUGUGUUAUUUGAAACCCAGCUUGUCUCAGUCUGUGCUGCAGUCUCCCACUGGGCUUGUAGCAGAGCAGAGCAGGAGGUAUCAUUAGGACUUUGGGUCACAGUCUAGAGAUCGUUAUAGGCUCCCAUUAACCACCCACAGGCUACUGACACAGUGUGGAUACACACGUGUGCGCGUGCAUAUACACAGGCACACGCACACCGCUCACACACAGACACACAUACCGCUGAGACCAUGGUCACCAUCGUGGACUACUGACAUUGUCAUUUCUUAGUGCUUUCUCAGUUCACACUACUAUGGAAAGGAUCAUUCUUUUCUUUCACUGCUUUGCUAGUGCCACAACUCUUGCCAUCUGCUGUGUGUGUGUGUGUGUGUGUGUGUGUGUGUGUGUGUGUGUGUGUGUGUACUUGCCGCCAGAGUUUAACAGACCAUGUGAGUUGACACACGUGAUCUUUGUUUACUAAAGAUAUACAAAUAAUAUAUUGUAUGCUCAUCAUAUCUACUUAUAACGUGCACUAUGUUUGCAUGUACAGUUUUACAUGAGAUGCACCAGUUCUUUUUGUUAUAAUUGGGUGUUUUGGAAAAAGAAAAUCUAUGAAAAUAACUGUACAAAAUUGCCUUAAAAACGUUCACUGAUUUCUUGGAAUUUGUGCGAUGCCUUCAGAUAUUGACUUGUUCUCUAUUUUGUGUCAGUGUACAAUAUUUGCUUUUCUAGUGUAUAUUUUCUUUGCAUAACUUCAUUUAUGGGGGAAAAAAUAUAUUGUAUUUUUGGAAUCGGUGGUAAAUCAGAUGAAAGCCUGACUGAAGUUCUGAUUGUCUGGUAAUCCAUAUUAUAGAUGACUAUUUCUGUAUUAAACUACUGAUUUUGAAAUAAAUAUUCUUACUAAACACUAA